AUGAGCCGCCGGGCACCCCCGGGAGUCCGGGCCUUCCGUUUGUCCUCUCAGGAUGAUCACAAAUUCACCUUGGCAGAGCUGAGCACCAAGUAUUCCGUGAACCUGACAAAGGGCCUUAGCCCAGAAAAGGCAUGGGAAAUCUGAAGAGACGGACCCAAUACACUUACCCCACCCCCCACCACUCCAGAAUGGGUCAAAUUCUGCAAACAACUGUUUGGUGGUUUCUCCGUCCUGCUGUGGACUGGUGAUCUCUGUUUCCUGGCCUAUGGCAUCCAGAUAUAUUUCCACGAGGAUCCCACCAAAGAUAAUCUGUUCCUCGGCAUCGCACUCUCUGUUGUGGUUAUCAUCACUGGCUGCUUCUCCUACUGUCAGGAGGCCAAGAGCUCCAACAUCAUGGAGUCUUUUAAGAACAUGGUGCCUCAGCAGGCUCUGGUUAUUCGAGGUGGAGAGAAGAUGCAGAUCAAUGCACAAGACGUGGUGCUAGGAGACCUGGUAGAAGUGAAGGGGGAAGACGGAAUCCCCUCUAACAUCCGGGUCAUCUCUGCACAGGGAUGUAAGGUGGACAACUCAUCCUUGACUGGCGAGUCAGAGCCCCAAUCCCGCUCCCCUGAGUUCACCCAUGAGAACCCCCUGAAGACCCAAAACAUCUGCUUCUUCUCUACCAACUGUGUGGAAGGUACAGCCCAGGGCGUUGUGAGUGCUACCGGGGACUCCACGGAGAUGGGCCGCAUCGCCUCCCUGACGGCAGGCCUGGCUGUCGGCAGGACGCCCAUUGCUGUUGGGAUCGGGCACUUCAUCCAUCUGAUCACAGCAGUGGCCAUCUUCUUGGGCAUCUCUUUCUUUGGGCUCUCGCUUCUCCUGGGCUACGGCUGGCUGGAAGCUGUCAUUUUUCUUAUUGGCAUCAUUGUGGCCAAUGUGCCUGAGUGGCUGCUGGCCACUGUCACUGUGUGUCUGACCCUGACUGCCAAGCACAUGGUCCACAAGAACUGCCCUGUGAAGAACCUGGAGGCCGUGGAGACACUGGGCUCCACGUCCACCAUCUGCUCAGACAAGACGGGCACCCUCACCCAGAACCGCAUGACCGUCGCCCACCUGUGGUUCGAUAAGACCAUAUAUGAGGCUGACACCAGCAAAGAACAGACUGGGAAUAUGUUUGCCAAGGGCUCUGAGACCUGGGUUAUCCUGGACAGAAUCGCUGGCCUCUGCAACCGGGCUGACUUAAGCCGAGGUGCCUCGCUCCUCAGGCUGCUUGCACAAACCCCACCCUGGCAGCGGGCCACGAGAGGCGAUGCUUCCGAGUCGGCCCUCCUCAAGUUCAUCGAGCAGUCUUACGGCUCUGCGCAGGAGAUGAGAGAGAAAAGCCCCAAGGUGGCAGAGAUACCCUUUAAUUCUACCAACAAGUACCAGAUGUCCAUCCACCUUCAGGAGGACACCUCCCAGGGCCACGUGCUGCUGAUGGUGAAGGGGGCUCCCGAGGGGAUCCUGGAGUUCUGCACAAGUUACCUUCUGAAAGGGCAGAAGUGCCCAAUGGAUGACGAGAUGAAGGAAGCCUUCCAGAAUGCCUGCUUGGAGCUGGGAGGUCUGGGGGAACGCGUGCCAGGGUCCUGCUUCUUGAAUCUGCCAAACUCCAAGGGAUUCAAGUUUAACACAGAUGAAAUCAAUUUUCCCAUGGAUAACCUUUGUUUCGUGGGGCUUGUGUCCAUGAUUGACCCUCCCCAAGCUGCUGUGCCGGAUGCUGUGGGCAGGUGUUGGAGUGCAGGGAUUAAGGUGAUUAUGGUGACAGGGGAUCAUCCCAUUACAGCCAAGGCCAUUGCCAAGGGUGUGGGCAUCAUCUCAGAAGGCACGGAGACAGCGAAUGACGUUGCUGCUCGGCUCGACGUCCCUGUCAGCCAGAUCAACAGCAGGGAUGUCGAAGCCAUUGUAGUGCAGGGCUCAGAACUAAAGGACCUGAACUCACAGCAGGUGGAUGAGAUCCUCUGAAACCACAACGAGAUUGUGUUUGCUCGGACCUCCCCUCAGCAGAAGCUCAUCAUAGUAGAGGGAUGUCAGAGGCUGGGCGCCACCGUGGCGGUGACCAGCGACGGCGUGAACGACUCCCUCGCACUCAUGAAGGCUGACAUCAGCAUCGCCAUGGGCCUCACCGGCUCCGACGUCUCCAAGCAGGCCGCUGACAUGAUCCUGCUGAACGACAACUUCGCCUCCAUCAUCACGGGCGUGGAGGAGGGCCGCCUCAUCUUUGACAACCUGAAGAAAUGCACCGCGUACACGCUGACGAGCAACAUCCCCGAGAUCACCCCCUUCCUGCUCUUCAUCGUCCUCUGUAUCCCCCUGCCCCUGGGCACCGUGACCAUCCUCUGCAUUGACCUGGGCACAGACAUGGUCCCUGCUAUCUCCUUGGUUUAUGAGUCAGCCAAAAGUGACAUCAUGAAGAGGGUGCCCCAUAAUCUGAAAACUGAUAAUCUGGUGAACCGCCGUCUCAUUGGCAUGUCCUACGGGCAGAUCGGAAUGAUCCAGGCUCUGGCUGGGUUCUUCACCUACUUUGUGAUCCUGGCUGAGAAUGGUUUUAAGCCUUUUGAUCUGCUAGGCAUCCACCACAGCUGGGAAAAUUGGUACUUCAGUGACCUGGAGGACAGCUAUGGACAGCAGUGGGCGAGUGAGACGGGAAGGGUGUUGGAGUUCACGUGCCACACGGCCUUUUUUGUGAGCAUCGUGGUUAUGCAGUGGGCUGACCUCAUCAUCUGCAAGACCCGCCCCAACUCCAUCUUCCAGCAGGGCAUGAGAAACAAGAUCCUAAUAUUUGGGAUCCUGGAGCAGAUGAUCCUGGCUGUUUUUCUGUCCUGCACUCCCGGUAUGGACGUGACCCUGCGAAUGUACCCACUCAAGGUGUUCUGGUGGCUCUGUGCCACUCCCUACAGCAUGCUUAUCUUUGUCUACGAUGAAAUCAGAAAACUCAGCAUCCGCCGUAACCCUGGGGGGUGGUCCCCAGCCCCCUGGCAGGCUCUGGCAGGCUCUCGCAUCCCGCCAGUUCCCCAGGCCCAUCGCUUUUCUCCCCACCUCACUGCCUGGCUGGCUGGCGAGGGAGACCUGCUACUGAGUGCGGUGGAGAAAGAGCUUCACUGA